AUGACUGCCACGUUCCAGCAUGAAAGGCUCAAGGCGAAAUGGCCUAUGGCCCUCGACCUGGCUGGUUCAAACCUCCCCUGUCGCAUCGAAGGAGAAGUCGGCGACCUCGUCGUCCUCGGCGAGAUUCCUUCGGCAAUCAACGGCACCUUCUACCGGGUUAUGUGUGACCCUUUUGUGCCUCCCGAUCCCAACAAUGUCCCUAUCGACGGAGAUGGGAACAUCUCGGCCUUCAGAAUCCGCGAUGGGCGGGUUGACAUGAAGAUCAAGUACGUCGAAACCGAGCGCUAUAAGCUCGAGCGGAAGGCCAAUAAGGCCCUCUUUGGCCUAUAUCGCAACCCUUUCACGCAUCACCCGUGCGUGCGAGCGGCCGUUGAUUCCACAGCCAACACGAACCUCAUCUACUGGGCGAAUCACCUGUUGGCGUUAAAGGAAGUCGCUCUACCGUAUGCCAUUGACCCGGACACUCUCGAGACGAGAGGCUACGACCCGUUCGAAGGCCAGGUCAAGUCCAAAACCUUCACAGCCCACCCCAAGGUCGAUCCCUUCACAGACGAGCUCGUCGUCUUUGGGUACGAGGCCAAAGGGCUCGCCACACGGGAUAUUGUCAUCUAUGCUCUUGACAGAGACGGCAAGAAGCACGAUGAACAGUGGAUCCAGGCGCCGUGGUGUGCCUUCAUCCACGACUGUGCCCUGACGCCCAAUUGGAUCAUCCUUGUCUUAUGGCCUUUCGAGGCAAACAUGACCCGGUUGAAGGCCAAGAAGCAGCACUGGGCGUGGGACUACAAUCUCCCCGCCACAUUCAUCGCUGUUCCGAGGCGCAAGUCAACACCCCUGCCUGACGGCUGGAAGGAGGGGGAGCACAGGGUUUACUCGUGGAGGAACUGCAUGCCCAUCCACACUGCGGGUGCGUGGGAGGGUCAGGAUGGCAAGCUCUACUUUGAGUCUUCCCGCGUCCACGACAACGCCUUCCCGUUCUUCCCCCCAGACGACGGCAGGAUGCCGGCAAAGGAUGCGAAGGCCGACUUUGUCCGGUGGGAGAUCGACCUCAACCAGCCGAGCGGGUCAGUGGUCUCGGACCCCCUCGUCGUGCUCGAUGUACCCUCCGAGUUCCCGCGCGUUGACGAGCGCUUCCUCACGCACUACCACGAGUUUGUCUUCCUCAACGUCUUCAUCCCGGAGAACUCGGACGGCUCGGCAAACAUCUUUCACGGCCUCAACGGGUUGGCCAUGCACAGCCACAAGACGGGACAGACGCGCUGGUUCUAUGCCGGCGACGACUCCCUGGUGCAGGAGCCCGCCUUUAUCCCCCGUGCGCCUAAUGCCGCCGAGGGCGACGGAUGGAUCGUGGCCAUGGUUGAACGGCGGGCCGCCAGCCGCAGUGAGCUGGUCAUCUUAGAUACGAGGGACUUUGAGAAGCCCAUCGCCAUUGCACAGCUUCCACUGCACGUGAAGGCGCAGAUCCACGGGAACUGGGUCGAGGCGGCCGCCUUGCCGGAGUGGAAGAGUUUGGUCAGGGAGGUUCCAGUGGACGAGAUCAGUAACAAGGGAGCACUAGAGCCUCUCGGUUGA